GAGGUGGGCGGUGGUGGCGGCGGCGUGCCGGGCGGUGGGCGGGGCCGCGGGAGGCAGUGCGGGCGGCCGCGGAGCUCAGGUAGGUGCGCGGGAGGGCGCGGCUCCCGCUUCUCCGGCUCCGGCUUCCGCUGCUCCUACUCCGGCUCGGUCGAGCAGAUCCUUCGCGGCGCCCGGCGCCCCCAGACCCCGCACCCGCGGCCGGGCGGUGAGGACAUGCCGACCCAGAGGGACAGCAGUGCUAUGGCUCACCCGGCGGCGGGCGGCGGCGGCGACCACUCGCACCAGGUCCGGGUGAAAGCCUAUUACCGCGGGGACAUCAUGAUAACACAUUUUGAACCUUCCAUCUCCUUUGAGGGCCUUUGUAAUGAGGUUCGAGACAUGUGCUCCUUUGACAAUGAACAGCUUUUCACCAUGAAAUGGAUAGAUGAAGAAGGAGACCCGUGUACGGUAUCAUCUCAGUUGGAGUUAGAAGAAGCCUUUAGACUUUAUGAGCUCAACAAGGAUUCCGAACUCCUGAUUCAUGUAUUCCCUUGUGUGCCAGAGCGCCCUGGGAUGCCCUGUCCGGGAGAAGACAAAUCCAUCUACCGCCGAGGGGCACGACGUUGGAGGAAGCUUUACUGUGCGAACGGCCACACUUUUCAAGCCAAACGUUUCAACAGGCGGGCUCACUGUGCCAUCUGCACUGAUCGGAUAUGGGGGCUCGGACGCCAAGGGUAUAAAUGCAUCAACUGCAAACUCCUAGUUCACAAGAAGUGCCACAAACUCGUCACCAUUGAAUGUGGGCGACAUUCCUUGCCACCGGAGCCCAUGAUGUCCAUGGACCAGACAUCCCUUCAUUCUGAUCACCCGCAGACAGUCAUUCCAUAUAAUCCUUCAAGUCAUGAAAGUUUGGAUCAAGUUGGUGAAGAAAAGGAGGCAAUGAACACGAGAGAGAGUGGCAAGGCUUCCUCCAGCUUAGGUCUUCAGGACUUUGACUUGCUCCGGGUGAUAGGAAGAGGAAGCUAUGCCAAGGUCCUGCUAGUACGAUUAAAAAAAACAGAUCGUAUUUACGCCAUGAAGGUUGUGAAAAAAGAGCUCGUCAACGAUGAUGAGGAUAUUGACUGGGUACAGACAGAGAAGCAUGUUUUUGAGCAGGCAUCCAACCAUCCUUUUCUUGUUGGGCUACAUUCUUGCUUUCAAACCGAAAGCAGAUUGUUCUUUGUUAUAGAGUAUGUAAAUGGAGGAGAUCUUAUGUUUCAUAUGCAGCGACAAAGAAAGCUUCCCGAAGAACAUGCUAGAUUUUAUUCUGCAGAAAUCAGUCUAGCAUUAAAUUAUCUUCAUGAACGAGGGAUAAUUUACAGAGAUUUGAAACUGGACAAUGUAUUGCUGGAUUCUGAAGGACACAUCAAACUCACUGACUACGGCAUGUGUAAGGAAGGAUUACGGCCCGGAGACACAACCAGUACCUUCUGUGGCACUCCCAAUUACAUCGCUCCUGAGAUCUUACGAGGAGAAGAUUAUGGUUUCAGCGUGGACUGGUGGGCUCUGGGAGUCCUUAUGUUUGAGAUGAUGGCAGGAAGGUCCCCAUUUGAUAUUGUUGGGAGUUCUGACAACCCCGAUCAAAACACAGAGGACUAUCUCUUCCAAGUUAUCUUGGAAAAACAAAUCCGCAUACCACGUUCUCUGUCUGUAAAAGCUGCAAGUGUCCUGAAGAGUUUUCUCAACAAGGACCCAAAGGAACGGUUGGGCUGUCAUCCUCAAACAGGAUUUGCGGACAUUCAGGGACAUCCAUUUUUCCGAAAUGUUGACUGGGAUAUGAUGGAGCAGAAGCAGUUGGUGCCUCCCUUUAAGCCAAAUAUUUCUGGGGAAUUUGGUUUGGACAAUUUCGAUUCUCAGUUUACCAACGAACCUGUGCAGCUAACUCCAGAUGAUGACGACAUUGUGAGGAAGAUCGAUCAGUCUGAGUUCGAAGGCUUUGAGUACAUCAACCCUCUCCUGAUGUCUGCGGAAGAAUGCGUCUGACCCUCAGCACUCCCUGCCUGUGUCCCCCUUAGUGCAUGGUGAGCUCGCUGCCGGCCUGGAGAUAGUGAGCCGCUUUGUGUUUGCCACCUACGGCAAAGCACUCUCUCUGGUCUCUUGCUGAUGCAAGCAAGCAUCAACCACUAUAUCUAAAUCUAGCUGUGAAAACAGAAGACACUAGUUUUCAAACGUUCACUUUAAAAUUGAGUUACACUGGUAAUCUAGCAGCCUGCUGACUAGUGAUCAGGUUGUCUUUUUUGUUAAAAGGAAAUAGCUCUGCUAUUAGAAAAAAGCAUCUGUUGAAUUAGAGUACACGGUAGGAUUACACCAUAAUCCUGCCGUGCUUUUUGUCAUUUUUGUGAGGCCUUUUGGUAAAUUAAGUCACUCCAUCAACUUUUGGUUUCUGCAUAGAAGUUGAGGAAUUCAGAAUACAACAACUUGUGAUUUUACCUAUUACUUUCAGGUCUCUUCACUUAAAAAUUCACCUGUAAAUGUUACCAUUGCCUUGUGUAAUUAAAUGAUUGUAAGGGCAUGGUUAUUAAGUUGGUGAUAAGUAAUGUUGAUUGAAUUAGAAUUGGGGAAUACAAGAGAGAAGGGAGAAAAAGAUGAAUAAAAGGGACACAUUUUUACUAAGAAUCAGUCUGAAUCUUAUCUGUUUGUGUAAAAACUCAUUGUGAUCUCUUGAGUGUAUUAAGGCGUUAACUUAGAAUUUAUCUAGUCAGCCAGACCUUUAACUGGAAUGUUCAUAAAUGUAGCUCAAAGUACCUGACCCAAGAUGCUAUUAAGAUGUUUCUUAUGUGGAAAGGAGAAAAAAACAAAUUGAAAAAAAGGAAAGCACAAUGGUAAUAUUUAUGUCUUAUAAGAGAGUAAAUCUCACUUGUUUUUUAUUUUGUCAAUUGACUUACAUGAUGAAGCACUCACUUGUUACUAAACUUGUAAAACUCUUUCCAUAUGUCCAACAGACAAUUUAAUGUCUUUUUCUUCAGAUUAUAUCUUAAAUAUGCUCAUUUCAUUCUCCAUGACAUGUUAUUGCUCAUACUUUGCAGAUCCUCCUUGUGAAUUCUUUGGGUGAAAUCCAAGAAAAAUAGAGUGGGGUUAGAUAGCAUAAUGGUUAUGCAAAGAGAUGCUCAUGCCUGAGGCUCCAAAGUCCCAGGUUCGAUCCCAUACAUCACCAUAAGCCAGAGCUGAGCAGUGCUCUGGUCAAGAAAAAAAAAAAAAAAAAGAAAAGAAAAACCCAGGAAAAAUAAUAAAGCAUGAAAGUGCGGAAGAUGAGUGUGCAGGCACUCCCACAUACAUUCACUCACACUGUCAACAGUUCCAGCUUGCUAGAGGUGUUGUUGCUAAGUGGGUAGCACAUGUAAUAGAGAGCAGAAUACAUUUAUGGGACAGAGUUCAUCAGAUUAUUUUUCAUUAAUAAGUGUUUAUCAAUUUACUGUUCAAAGGGAUGUUGGAUAGCAUCCUUCGUGUUCUUUUUAAAAUAUUUUUUUAUGAAAAGGGACUUAAAAAAUAAUCAUGACCAUCUAAAUGAUUUAACAGUUGUUCAGUCUUAGUAAUAUUUAAUUUAGGGGAAAUGUAGUUAGUCUUAAAUUUAGAAUCACUUUUAAAAAUUUAGGCGUUUAAUAAAUUAUCAGGGAGGGGUUUCUGAUAACUGCAUUUUACUAGAUAUAGAAAUUUCCCAAAGUUUAUGGUCACAUAUUCUCUUUUCUUCAAAUAGCUGCUUUGAAAGAUAAAAUUAAAUAAAUAAACCUCAGUAGAAAGUGUUUCUAGGAGAGGGGAGAUGGCAUAACCGUUAAGCAGAGACUCUCAUGCGUGUAUGUUUCUCUUCAGACCUGACACUUUAAAACAAAAGUAGUGUUUCAGAAACUUAGGAGACAAAUAGUUUAUGAUCUUGCACUCAGUGGUACUGGUGCCGUUUUCCCAUGGCAUUUAUUCUCAGAUUUUGGAAUGUGAAAUAAUCAUCUUGGAUGGUAGUUUAAAAUGCCAUUAGCAAGCCCACCUCAGCAUCUGUGCCAGUCCUUGGGCCACAUUUUGUGAAACAGGUCAGAUUACUCACUUUUGCCCAGUAGUUGAACAUUACAGAGAACAUUCAUGCCAAAACAGUCUGACAUAGGAUAGCCAAAUGAAUGACUAAUGUCUUACCUACCAAUUAAAGUAAAAAUUGACUUCUUCAAGUUAGAUAUCUGUUGAAAAUAUAUAUCAGUUUUCUACAAAUGACGUUAAGAGUAUGAGCAUAUUUUCUAUGAGGUUUAGCUGUUAUUCAGGGUAUUUGUUUUUAAAUCUUUUUUUAAUCUGAUGAGAUUUACUAUAUAUUUUAUACAGAAUUCGUAUACAAAUGUCUUUCAGCUGUGUAUCCUUUUUUCCUUUUUUAUGCUCUAUUAAGUGCCAUGUCGGUUCUAUUAUGUAAAAGUCUUUGAGAAUACUCAGCAGGGAAAUGAAGAAGUUGAAAGAAAGGUUGGAACUUUGGGUUUUUGUUUCUUUGUUUUGUUUUUUCAUGACUGCUUGGUCAGCUCAUUUUUUGUAUACGCAACAUGACUUGGAUAGUGAGUAUUAUGUUUGUUUGAUACCUGUACAUUUGCUUUUUGAUUUUUGUCUGCCGUAGUCAUCACAAUGUAAUCUGUUUUUAUGUGCCUUUUUAUUGUAAAUCUUCAAAUAAAUUAAUAUUCUUCAGGAAUGAGCACUUUUAAUAUGAGGCAGAUCUCAAAUUUGAGAACAGUGAAAGCAAAAUUUAUUCCCCCCAAAAAAUAAAAUGGAAAUCCUGGCCUUUGGGAUUUGGCAUUCUCUGAAUGCUACAUUUUAGACACUUGAGAGGAAUAAAGUUGUGUAUAUUUUUCAUUUGAUAAGAGAACUUGAGAGGAGAGUGAGUUAAGGAAGAGAAAGACCUGCAGCACUGCUUCACCACGUAGGAAGUGACCCUUCACGUGGGGAACAGGGACUCGAACCUGGGCUUGCAAAUUGUAACAUGUGCGUUCAGCCAGGUGCACUACCACCCAGCCCUAUUUUUUUUUCUUUUUCUUUUUUUUUACUUUGCAUGUCUUCUAUGGGAAGACACAAUUAAAAAUCAGGGCAACAGCAUCAUGAAUUAAAUUGAAGCAAAUUUAGACAAAUUACUCCCACUGUCAAGUUUCCCAAAGAAAGCUGCUCUUUGUGACUUGGGAAGUUGUCUAGUGGAUAAAGUUCUGUAUUCUCGAGCAUGAGGUCGAGUUUAAUCCCAGUCAUUGCAUGUGCCCAUGGUGAUCUGGUUAUCUCAAAUAAUAAAGCAGUGAGUAAGUAGAUCUUUUCAGGUCAGCAGAAGAGCCGCCUCGGAGAGUACACUGCUUUGCCCUGUUAUGAUCCCAGUCCCCACUCACUGAAGGAAGAUUUGGUUCUCGAACACAAACACAUUCUCCUGGGGCCAGGUGGUGGCACACCUGGUUGAGCACACGUAUUACAAUGCAUAAGGACCCAGGUUCGAGCCCCUGGUCCCCACCUGCAGGGGGAAAGCUUUGCAAGUGGUGAAGUGCUGCAGGUGUAAGAUUUUAUUUAUUAAUAAGAAAAAGAGGAAACAGAACCAAACAUCAGUCUGGUAUGCUGCCAGGGAUUGAACUCAGGACCUCAUGCUUGAGAAGAACAAUGUUUUAUCUGCUGUGCCAUCUCCCAGACCACUCUUGGUGACUUUCUUAACGUAUUUAGUCCAGUAAGCUUUAAAUAACCUUUAAGAAAAUAAAAUUGAGGUGGCGCACCAAGUUAAAGGCACAAAGCACAAAGACCUGUACAAGGAUCCUGGUAAAAACAAUUGAAACAAUGGCCACAAGAGCAGUGGAUUAGCAGUGCAGGCACCAAGCCCUAGCCAUAACCCUGGAGCACAAAAAGGAAAAAAACACACCAGGGUAACCAAAAGGUAGCGCAGUGGAUCAUGGUAUUGGGCUCUAAAGCAUGAGGUCCCAAGUUAGUUUUCAUGUGCCAUACUGAUGCUGUAGUUCUCUCAUUAAUAACUAAAAUAUUUGUUUUAAAGAGAAACUUACAGAGGAUGUUUACCGGCCACCCAUCAGAUAAAGGACUAAUAACCAGGGGCCAAGUAGGGGCGCAGCUGGUUGAGCGCAGGUUACAAUGCACAGAGACCCAGGUUUGCCGCCCCAGUCCCCACCUGCGGGGGGGGGGGGGGGAGUUUUGUGAGUGGUAAAGCAGGGCUGCAGGUGUCUGUCUGUCUAUGAAAUAAAGAUAAUUUUAAAUUAAAAAAGGACUAAUAACCAAAAUAAAAGAUUAAGUGUGUUUACAAAAAAGAAAGAACUCAGUAAACUCAGCAACAAGAAAACAAUCCCACUUAAAAUGGGGAGAGGAUAUGGACAGAAUCUUCACCAAAGAAGAAAUCCAUGGAUCAGAAGACAUUGAAAAAUGCUCAGAGUCACUGAUCAUCAGAGAAAUGCAAAUAAAAACAGCAGUGAGAUACCACUUUACACCUGUGAGAAUGUCAUACAGUAGAAAGGACAGAAACAAAUGUCGGCAAGAGAACAUUUGGAGGGAAAAGGGGACAUUUUGGCACUGCUGGUGGGAGUGUAAAUUGGUCCAACCCUUGUAGAAAACAGAUUCCUCAACACACUGGAAAUAGACUACACUGUACAACUCAGCAAUUUCUCUCCUAUGGAUUUAUCCAAAGAAAACAAACAUCUAUGCAAAGAAAUCUGGAUAUCCAAGCGAGGUCCAAAAGGCCAACAGACGUAAAAAUGCUCCAAAUCAUUGAUUGUCAGGGAAAUGCAAAUAAAGACAACAAUGAGAUACCACUUUCACUCCUGGGAGAAUGUCAUACAUCAAAAAAGGUAACAGCAGCAACAAAUGCUGGAGAGGUUGUGGGGACAAAGGAACCCUCCUACGCUGCUGGUGGGAAUGUCAAUUAGUCCAACCCCUGUGGAGAGCAGUCUGGAGAACCAAACACCCAUCCAAAAAAAAAGUGUAUACUUAAACAUUCAUAGCAGCACAAUUUGUAAUAGCCAAAACCUGGAAGCAACCCAGGUGUCCAACAACAGAUGAGUGGCCGAGCAAGUUGUCUAUAUACACAAUGGAAUGCUACUUAGCUAUUAAAAAUGGUGAAUUCACUUUCUUCACCUCAUCUUGGAUGGAACUUUAAGGAAUCAUCUAAAGUGAGAUAAGUCCAAAAGAGGAGGAUGAAUAUGGAUGAUCUCACGCAGAAGUUGGAAAAUACUACCAUGGCUUCAACCUGCCUUCCCUGGGCAAAUGACCUCACCAGUAUGUCCUGGAUCCAUACCUCCCCGGAGCCCUACCCCACUAGGGAAAAGUAGAGAUCGACCAGCUUGGGGUAUGGAUCCACCUGUCAACAUUCAUGUCCAGUGGAAAAGCAAUUACAGAAGUCAGACCUCCCACCUUCUGCACCCCAUAAAUCUCUUUGGUCUAUACUCCCAGAGGGCUAAAGAAUAGUUAACCAGAGUCGGGUGGUGUCACACCUGGUUGAGUGCACAUUUUGCAAUGCUCAAAGACCCGAGUUCGAGCACCCAGUCCCCACCUGCAUGGGGAAAGCUUUUUGAGUGGUGAAACAGGGCUGCAGGUGUCUCUCUGUCUCUCUUCCCCUCCCUCUCAAUUUCUGGCUGUCUCAGUCCAAUAAAUAAAUAAAGACUUAAAAAAAGAACAACAGGAACCUUCCAAUGGAGGGGAUGGGAUAUGGCACUCUGGUGGUGAGAACUGUAUGAUUUGUACCUCUCUUAUCCCACAGCCUUGCCAAUCAUUAAAUUACUACUAAUAAAAAAAUUGAAAAAUAAAACACAAAGUAGAACUUAGAUUGGGUUUGGUAUACUGCACCAAAGUAAAAGACUGAGGUAGGGGAGAGGGUUCAGGUCCUGGGACAUGAUGGCAGAGGAGGACCUAGAGGGGGUUGAAUUGUUAUGUGGAAAACUUGAGAAAUGUUACUCAUGUACAAAUGACUAUUUUACUGUUGACUGUAAACCAUUAAUACCCAAAUAAAGAUAAAAAUUAUUGAU